AUGUCUUUGAACAAGUUGUUGUGGAAUAAGCGGUAUAAUGAAUUGCAAAGUGAUUUCAACUCACGCCAGAAGUUGCCAAGGUUGAUUUUGAAGAGUUCGUCUAUGCUGCAACAGCUUUCUCAAGUUUACACACCAUCAAUUUUUGACUUGUUCCAGCAUGAGUAUGACUUACGUGAUGCUAUGUGUAUAAAAGAGAGGAAAGAAAGAAAAAUAGCUGCAGAUGAUGAUGCUCUUAUUAUUGAUUAUGUAAUCACAAUGGUUGAUAAAAAAGGAGAGUGGAGAUUGACAUUUGAGCCAUCAAGAGAAGAUAAAGAGGCUGUCAUUACUUGUAAUUGUAAGAAGUUUGAACAAUGGGGAAUUUUGUGCUGUCAUGCAUUGAGGAUAUUAUAUGACCAAGAUGUAAAGCUACUUCCAAAGCAAUAUGUGUUAAAGAGGUGGACAAAAGAAGCAAGGUGUGGUGUAGUGCAUGAUAGUAAGGGAAAGGAAAUUGAAGUUGAUCCUAAACUAGAAUGCUCGAAUCGAUAUAGGCAAUUGUGCCCUAUGCUCAUAAAAUUAGCUAGUGAUGCAUCUGAAUGUCCAGAGGCAUUCUUUAUGGUUCAUCAAGCAAUGCUAGAGCUUAGCAAAAAAGUGUCUCAACUUCUUAGUAACCACUCAUCAGAUAGUGUUAAUAAUGAAGGGGGUGUUGAUGAUGAUGUUGGUAAGAAUGAUGGUUCAUGCAUUGGAUUCAAGAAGAGAGAACGCAAAAAGAUCAAUCCAAGUUGGGUUGACAAUCCAAGUCAAAAAAGAAAAAAAGUUAAGACUUCAAAAAAAUCUACUAACAAGUCUUCACAAUGUUCAAAGGACACACAAAAUAUAUUAGAAGUGGGUAGAUCAUCAUCUUCGGUGCAAUAUGGCCCCCCUGUGUCAAAUAUGCCGGUGCAAGUGCAAUGUGGCCCCCCUGUGUCAAAUAUCCCGGUGCAAGUGCAAUAUGGCCCCGUUGUGUCAAAUAUACCAGUACAAGUGCAAACUGGCCCCUUCAUGCCAAGUAUGUCGGUGCAAGUGCAAAAUGGCCCCUUCGUGCCAAGUAUGCCUGUGCAAGUGCUAUAUGGUCCCCCUAUGUCAAGUAUGCCAAUGCAAGGACAAUAUGGCCCCACCGUGUCAAGGAUGUCGGUACAAGGGCAAUAUAGCCCCCCCGUGUCAGGUAUGCUAGUGCAAGGGCAAUAUGAUCUGCCUGUGCCAAAUACACCAACAACAACACAACAUGAUCCACUUCAAGUAAGCCAAAUGUCAUUCACAACAUUGACAAUGGAUUCAUUGAACAAUAAUGUGAAGUCACUUGAAGCAAUUGAAUUUAGUCAAGUAUUUGAAAAGGGAGAAGACGAGGUGAAGAGAAGCGAGGAAGCUGGAGUUGAAGCCCGAUGCGAGUCCGAUGGCGCUGGUGGAAGUGGAGUAAAUUGGAAGGUGGCCAGUGGGGCUCGGAGGAGUGAGAUGACGAUUCGAUUCAGACUUUAG